UGUGUUCCAGUGUGCACGAUGAGCUUGAGUUCCGAGACAUUGACAAGGGAUCCAUUGACGAUACUUGCGACGAGACUUACAACCUUUCCGAGUCCCUCCUUGGAAUCCCACACGGCUAGCUCACGAGCUCCUGUCCGGACUGUCAAAGCCAUCACCAUCAGAUUAAUCAAAAGCCCGAACAAAGCCAUGCGUGAAAGCUUUCUCUUCAAGACGCUGAGUUUGAAUGCUCGCUUCUCACUCUUCACUGGAGAAGCGAGUACUUGGGAGAAACAUUCCCGCUCCCAGCCAAAACAACGAAUUCCUCCUCUUCUCUUCCACCCAAGGGCCCUUUGUUUAGUCGCUAAGCGAUGGAAGUUGUUCUUGACAUGAAAGGGACACAGUGGCCGAAAGCAAAAUGGAGGAGCAAAGCAACCAACGACACAGGCAAGAAAAGAAGAUCACUCAAGUGUUCUUUGGCUUCACGGGAGAGUUUUUCGCAGAUCUUGCGAGAUUUGGACGCGCCAGCGAUCGAGCGAGCUUGAUUGAUUGAGCAUCAAACAAAGACACAUUAAUUCGCGCCACAUGAAUGUCAAAACACUAUUUUUUCCUCACCAGGUGAAAAAAUAUUCGUUGUUUUUUUCAAACAUUCUAACUGGAGGAUAUUCUUUUCUUAACGGAAUGGUUAAGCCAGGAAAAUGCGGCGUGACCUGGCGCCACGUUUUGCGACGGGGCCCACCGCGUGGGAUCGGCGCCGUUGGUUGUAGAUAUCGGACGGCUGGGCUUGCCGGCGCUCGGGGAUUGGGCCACGAGUCGAGAUGGUGACCGUCGAUGCGAGUGAAAUGGACGGCCGACAGUUUCGUCGCCGAGGGAGGGAAGUGAAAGGCUUUAGAGGUGAGAGAGAGGCUCUUCUUCUUCUCUGUUUGGAGAGCGCGACGAAAGAGAAAGAAACCCCUGGUAGGGUUCGUGCUCGGUGUCAAUUCGAUCGUGGCGGCCGCCAUUGCGAUGCGUGAGAAAGAUACGAGGUCCUGGCGCCUGGUACUGCGCAAGAAAAUGGUGUGAUUCUCAAAGACCUCGCUGGAUUUCGCUGUACGUGAGGCGAGAAUUCCACUGGCAAGGCCAAAGGCGGGGCAUGCGUUUCGUGCCUGGAGCGAGAGGCGCUACACACGCAUUCCUGAUGCUUCGACGGCGACUAGUGAGAAUUUCGAGGAGUGGAUUGGCCGCGAGAGCUCGUAGCAGCCAUCAUAGUCUCUAGCGAUUCCUAGAGGAAGACUACUACCAUGGCGAAACUCAAGUCACUCUUUGGAGCAAACGUAAAGACCACCCCGGAAGAAGGAGCAACCAAGGAGAUGUCGAGUAGGAACAGGACUCCCAGUGUGGUGGCCAGGCUGAUGGGUUUGGAGGCUCUUCCGGCGGAGCCAGCUACGACAGGGAAGAAGGAAAAGGCCGUGGUGUUGUUGGAAAAGCGUGUGCCGGAUUCCAACACACUGGUAGAUAUCACAGUGUCAGGGAAGCGGCUGAAUGGAGGGGUCACGAGAUCUCAGAAGUCGAGGAGUUUUGAUGAAGCCUUUGACGACCGGCAUAAAGAUGUGCGUGAGGUGCGAGCGGUACUCCAGGGGGCCGAGUGCUUGCAAUCCAUACAGCUCGACGAGCUCAACCGGCAGCUCCUGGCCAAGCACAUGAGAGUUUUGGACGAGCUCAAGGAAGCCAAGCAGCAGAUGGCGCAGGGUAAGGCUGGUGUGGAAAGGCAGCAGCAGCAGCCUCGCAAGGGACUUAGCGAUUCAAGCGAGUUUUUGGACGCGGUGGAACUCUUACAGGCAAAUAGGCAGUUUUUCGAGAAGUAUUUUCGGAGCUCGGGAGCUUUGGAGGCCAUCUCACAGAGAAACGAUUCUGCUUCGUCGACACGGGAAAGUAAACGGGAAAACAAGUUGCCGACGGGAAGGAUUCCUCGUUUUCUGAGCGGUCAGUCAAGUCCUCGUCCUCUGAUGAAAGAGCAGUCCAAGGUGCUGAAUGGUGACAGCGGCAGGCUUCUAACGAGUCGGGAUGAAAAACACGAGGUGUCUAGUAUAGUGGUGCUGAAACCAAGGAAGAGAACCGAUCAACGAGACCGAGAAUCAAAGCAGGAAGAUCAACGAGAACGAGAAUCGAAGCAGGAAAAGCAAACGGUCAAGGACAGGAAGGACAUUGCUAAGCUGAUUGCGAAGAAGAUCAAGGAGAGUAUAUCGAAGGAAGUUGCAAAAACAUUCUAUUCGAAGGUGGAAUCCGGGUCACCACAGCGAUCACCUAGCAGAAGUUUUGAUAAGUCGGACGAUACACCAAGAAGCAGGCAUUCGCGGAGUUUGAGCCAGCCAGAGUCCGAGUUUUCUGGUGAUCUAGACGCUAGUGCAAGGAAAAAUGUCACAAGAGUGACAGACUUGGAUAAGAGGAAGCCUGAAUCUGUGUCACCGAGAUCAAAGCGUCUUUCUAGAAAUUCUGGAUCCAGGGAUGACACCAACUCUACAAAGAAUGCUAGUGCGAAGGCUCAGAAACCAGUGACGGAAAGGAAAUCCAAGUCAAGUUCUCCGAGAAACACUGCCAGACACAGGGAAUUGAACUCUCUAGAUGCAAGCCCGAGAAAUCCUAGUCCGAGAUCUACCGUUUCUUUGGACGAGUCCCCCAGGCCCCCGAGACAGAAAAGUAACAACGCAGUUAAGCCUCCAAAACCACACGACUCGAGGGAAAUUGCCAACGGAAAAUGCGACAGAGCAACAGCUGAGAGGAAAUCAAAGCUAAAGUCUUCAAAACCGAAGCCCGAUGGAGGAGAUGACACCAAGAACUUGGCUGACGUCUGGCUUGAACCACAAAAAGGACACUGUCACCUUGUUAAACAUCAAUUAGUUGCUGAGAUCGCGGACGAGGACUGCAUAACUAUAACACCAACAAAAAACGAACCGGAUUCUUCAAGCGUAACUUCCAAGCACGGAUUGAAAAGUUUUGCGGAUAGCACCAGCCCAGUGUCUGUCCUGGAUCUACUUGAUGAGGACGAGCAUGAUCAUGACGUCGCCCACCAGGAGGACAGAUCGAUGUCCAAGCCUGCCACUAGUUCCCAAACGUCGCAAGCUCUGCAAAGAAUUGUCCAGGCAGAGCCACAGCACGAAGAGUGUAAACCUCCGCCAUCACAGGAACUUUCUUGUUCUCCUGGCCGACAACACGACUUGAUCUACGUGAGAAAGCUGGCGGCCGCGGCGACAGCGUCCAGCAGGAUCCAAGAACUCGGCACCAAGCUCGACUCCACUGUCUUCGAGAAACUGGAAGACGAAUACAGUCGAGAUCAAAGCAGCCAAGACAGCGCCAUCGAUGCAAUGAAGAUCCACUCGCGCGCCAUCAACAGGUGGCUCAUCUUCGACUUCGCCAACGAGAUUUUGUCCGCGCAGCCAAUGAUCCCAAAGCUCAGUGACAGUGGCAGGAGACGAGAAGAAAAGCUGCUACACGAAGUUUGGAGCUCCAUGUCCGAGCAUCACAGCUUACAGCGAUCCGGGGAGCAGAGUCUCGAGUCGAUGAUCAAUGGCGAGCUCCAAAAGGAGAGGAGAAAAGAUUGGGUGGAAGCCGAGAGUGGAUUCGCAAACGUCUGCCAACAGAUAGAAAAUUCUUUCUUCAACGAGCUCAUUGAAGACGCCAUCGCUGAUCUCGUCUAACGCAUUCUUUUCUUCCUUUUGUGUUUUAUACGUAGAUUGUACUGUAUAAAUAUUUUGUACUGUAUACAAUGUGUGUAUAAAAAAACAGAAUCUAAA